AUGGAGCUCAAGAUGGGAAGCGUCCUGCUGUCUCUUCUUUUCUGGUACAAAGCUGCGCUGGCCCUUUCCCCCGGCGAGGAUGAGAGACUGGAGCUGUGGCACAGCAAGGCUUGCAAAUGCGAUUGCCAAGGAGGUCCUAACUUGGUGUGGUCCAGCAGAACUAACAGCUUAGAGUGCAUGCCAGAGUGCCCCUACCACAAGCCUCUGGGCUUUGAGUCCGGCGCUGUCACCCCCGACCAGAUCAGCUGCUCCAACCCCGAGCAGUACACGGGCUGGUACUCCUCAUGGACAGCCAACAAGGCCCGCCUCAACGGCCAAGGCUUCGGGUGCGCCUGGCUCUCCAAGUACCAGGACAACGGGCAGUGGCUGCAGAUCGACCUGAAGGAGGUGAAGGUGAUCUCGGGGAUCCUCACGCAAGGGCGCUGUGAUGCCGACGAGUGGAUGACUAAGUACAGCGUGCAGUACCGCACUGACGAGAAUCUCAACUGGGUUUACUACAAGGACCAGACCGGGAACAACCGGGUUUUCUACGGCAACUCGGACCGGUCGUCCUCAGUGCAGAACCUGCUGCGGCCGCCCAUCGUGGCCCGCUACAUCCGCCUCAUCCCACUGGGCUGGCACGUGCGCAUCGCCAUCCGCAUGGAGCUCCUCGAGUGCCUGGGCAAGUGCGGCUGAGCCCCUGCCAGCCCCGCGUAGUCCUCUGGGACAGGAAUGAGGAGGUGUCCGCCUGUACAGCCACCUCAUCUCACUGUUGAUGUGUGCUGAGGCCACGGUCCUGCAGUGUAAAUGUCCACCCUGCAAGUGGAAGGGCUUUCUUGAAUAAAACAUUGCUUUAUGCCAUGCCUGGCGAUAAAGCUA